ACCUGAUUUAAUAUGAAGGUGCGCAUGCGCCGGCGUCGAUUCAUUUUGUGCUUGGAUUUCGGUGAAUACCGAGCCCAAGGAAAAGGGAUGCGAUUAACGUUUAAAUAGGACGGAUUAUCUGAAUUACAGUACAUGUUGCUGUAACGACUUGGCGCGAAUCAGGACAUCCCGACAAUGCAGCAGCCAGUGACGGAGGGGGAAGCCGCCUACGAGCCACCAACCUACACCUACGAUGAAGUGUUCCCAGCCCUGCCGGAGUCCGCGACCUCCGCCUCCCCGACGGUGAACCAGCUCGGCCAAUGGAACAACAAGAUGAGGAUUGGGUCCUCCGUGGUCACCCAGGUGUUCAGGGUGCCCGUGGAGGAGCGCAAGUUCGACCACAGCGACAAGUUCGGGGAAGGAGAGUCCCUUCGCACGUGCCUCAUGAUCAUGAAGGACACCGGGGCCCACAUCGAGAUAUCUGCAUCCAAGGAUCAAUCCCUUACUUUCCUGGUGACCGGGAAGCAGAGUGCAGUGCUCGACGCCAGGCGCAAGAUCCUCAUGCACUUCCAGACGCAGGCCAGUGUUUCAAUACCCAUACCUAAGGAGCACCAUCGGUUCAUCCUGGGCAAGAGCGGGACGAAGCUGAAAGACUUGGAGAAGAACACGGCCACGAAGAUCUCUGUGCCGAGCAUGGCGGACCCUUCGGACAAGAUCACCGUCACGGGCACCAAGGAGGGCAUUGAGAAGGCAGUGCACAUGAUCAAAGUCACCUCUGACGAGCAGUCGAAGCAGGCGUACGAGCGUGUGAUGGUGCCCAAGAUGUACCACCCGUUCAUCUGCGGGGCCCACAACGAGCGGCUGAACGCUCUGAUCGACGAGACCAGCGUGCGCAUCAACGUGCCGCCGCUCUCAGUCAUGAAGGACGAGAUCACCAUCGCCGGCGAGAAGGAAGGGGUUAUGAAGGCCAAGGAAACAAUACUCAGCAUCUAUCAGGACAUGGAGAAGAAGUGCACCAUCGUGUCUGUGGAAGUCCCGAAAUCGCAGCACAAGUACGUGAUUGGCCCCAGAGGGAACACCAUCGCGGAGAUCCUGCAGCAGACGGGCGUCAGCGUGGAAAUGCCCCCCAACGACACCAGCACGGGAACCAUCACCUUGCGGGGCCCCCACGACAAGCUGGGGCUUGCUCUGAACAUGGUGUAUGAAAAGGCAAAUAGCAUCCGAGCUGCUGUGGUAAAAGCUCCCAACUGGAUACACAAGUACAUCAUUGGACGAAAGGGUGCAAACAUCAAAAUGAUCACCCAGGAUUUGACGAAGGUCCACGUGGAGUUCACGGACAAGGAGGACCACAUCAAGAUCGAGGGGCCGCCCGAGGAGGUGGAGAAGGCCCAGAGGGACCUGGAGACCAUGGCCAACGACCUCGUCAACAAGCUCACCUUCGUGGAGAUGACGGUCGACCCCAAGCACUACAAGCACAUCAUCGGCAAGAGCGGGGCCAACGUCAACCGCAUGAAGGAGGAGCUGGGGGUCGUCAUCAACCUCUCCGAGACGGACGGCUCCACCGGCAGCAACGUCAUCCGCAUCGAGGGCAACCGAGCGGGCGUCGAGGCAGCCAAGAAGGAGCUGGAGGACAUGGUGUUCAAGCUGGAGAACGAGAAGGAGAAGGACGUGAUCAUCGACCACCGCUUCUACCGCACCAUCAUCGGCACGAAGGGGGACAAGGUGCGGGAGAUCAGGGAGAUGUUCAACCAGGUGCAGAUCACGUUCCCGGGGCCGGCGGAGAAGCGCGACGUGGUGAAGGUGCGGGGCCCCAAGGAGGACGUGGACCGCUGCCACAAGCACCUGCUCAAGCUGGCCAAGGAGCUCAGCGAGAGCAGCUUCAUGCUGGAGGUGCCCAUCUACAAGCAGUUCCACAAGUUCGUCAUCGGCAAGGGCGGCGCCAACAUACGCAAGAUCAGGGAUGAGACUCAGACCAAGAUAGACCUGCCCGCUGAAGGUGAGAAGAGCGAUGUGAUAACCAUCACGGGAAAGAAGGAGAAUGUGGAAGAGGCCAAGGAGAGGAUCUUGAAGAUACAGAAUGAACUGGCCAAUAUAGUAACGGAGGAGAUAGUGAUCCCGCCAAAGUUCUACAACUCACUGAUUGGCGCAGGCGGCAAACUGAUCCACUCCAUCAUGGAGGAGUGUGGAGGCGUAGCCAUCAAGUUCCCUCCCUCCGAUAGUAACAGCGACAAGGUGACGGUGCGGGGUCCCAAGGAGGACGUGGAGAAGGCCUGCCAGCAGCUGCUGGAGCUCACCACGGAGCGCCAGCUGUCCAGCUACACCGCGGAGGUGCGGGCCAAGCCCCAGCACCACAAGUUCCUCAUCGGCAAGAACGGCCUCAACAUCAAGAAGAUCCGGGACGCGACGGGCGCCCGCAUCGUGUUCCCCACGGACAAGGACGAGGACAAGGAGGCCAUCACCAUCAUCGGCCGGCAGGAUGCCGUCGAGAAGGCUCGUGCCGAGCUGGAGGCCACCAUCAAGGAGAUCGACAACAUAGUGGAGAGCGAGAUGGUAGUGGACCCCAAGCAUCACAGGCACUUCGUGGCCCGGCGCGGGGAGGUGCUGCACCGCAUCUCCGAGGAGUGUGGCGGGGUGAUGAUCUCCUUCCCCCGCGCCGGCGUCAUCAGCGACCACGUCAUGCUGAAGGGGGCCAAGGAGUGCAUAGAGACUGCCAAGCAGCGCAUACAAGAGAUUGUUGAUGAUCUUGAAUCCAUGGUUACGAUUGAGUGCAUCAUUCCACAGAAGCAUCACAGAACUGUGAUGGGUGCGAAGGGUUACAAGGUGCAGGGCAUAACCCAGGAGUUUGACGUCCAGGUCAAGUUUCCUGAUCGUGAUGCGCAAGAGGAGUACCACGGUUUGGAGGAAAUGCAGCUAGUGAAUGGGGAGUCGGAGGAGCCGGAGCCGGAGCCAGUGAGAAUGUGCGAUGUGAUACGCAUCACCGGCAAGAAGGAGAAGUGCGAAGCUGCCAAGCAGGCUUUGCUUGACUUGGUCCCAAUCACAGUUGAGGUGAACGUCCCAUUUGAUUUCCAUCGUUCCAUAAUUGGACAGAAGGGCCGUGAUGUGCGUGAACUGAUGGACAGGUAUGACGUGCAUAUCGUUCUGUCGCCCGCUGAGCAGAAGCUGGACAUUAUCAAGAUCUCGGGCACGCCGGCGUGCGUGCAGAGGGCCAAGGAGGCGGUGGAGGAGCGCUGCAAGGAGCUGGAGGCAGACCGGCAGGACCGCGCCCUCAGGUCCUUCGAGCUGGAGAUUGAUGUAGACCCAGAGUACCAUCCGAAGAUCAUUGGCAGAAAAGGUGCUGUUAUUUCCAAGAUACGUGCUGACCACGGAGUUCAGAUAACAUUCCCCAAGAAAGAGGAUGCCAAUGAUCACACCAUCAAAAUCACUGGCUAUGAGCAGAAUGCCAUUGCUGCUAAAGAGGAUAUUUUGAAGAUUGUCAAUGAACUGAAUGAUAUGGCGAAAGAAGAGGUGUUAAUUGAUGCCCGGGUGCACUCACGGUUGAUUGGCACUCGUGGGCGCAGCAUUCGCAAGAUAAUGGAGCAGUUCAGUGUGGACAUUCGUUUCCCGCGCAGCACAGACCCCGACCCUAACAUGGUCACUAUCAUUGGAAGUGAAGACAAUGUUCUGGAUGCUAAAGACCACAUCUUGAACCUUGAGGAAGAAUAUCUGCAGGACAUAUCGGAGAUAGAGCUGCGAGAGAGCUACCGCCCCAGCGCGGGGCGCGGAGACGAGGAUGCCGGCGGCCCGGGGGCUGGAGUGGGGGGCCCGGGCUUCGUGGUGAAGGGCGGCCCUUGGGAGCAGCGCGCCCCCGACACCGCCAGCACGGCCGAGUUCCCGUCCUUCGGGGGCAGCAGCGAGCCCCCCCGGACCAUCCCCGCCGCAGGGGCCUGGGGCCCUCGCCACUAGGCGCGUCUUCCCGCUGUUCCGCUGUUAGUAGCUUCCUGUGGCAACCCUCACAUAGUUGUGUAGGCACCAAGAAAUGCCAUUUUGAUGAAAUAAUUGGUAACAUAAAGCGAGCAUAAUCAUUUGAAGCACUUUUAGCCGUGUGCUACCAUGGGAAGAUAUUCAUUCAACGAAAUGGUUGGCUAGGAAAUAGGUAGUGUGUCCGGUCUUGUAAUUUUUUGCCGAUUUUCCAUUUCUGGUGAAAGAUUAGCGUGGAAGUAAGUUCAUGGGCCUAGAAUACAAUAGGAUAAAUUCCGGAAGAAAUUAUGGAAACGUCACAUUAAGUUAUUACAAUGCUUUAAAAGUUAGCAAAGGGAGUAUCAAAACUUCUUGAUGUAAACUUGUACAUGAACAACUUUUGAUCUCGUCACGUCAUCGUUCGAGGGGUGUUGGUAUCUCCGGCACGACUCCCCUGUCCAUCACUGUCUGCUGCAUAAUGACCCUGGCCUGUUAUCUCUGGACUCCGAGAUUUGGUAUUUGCUGAUUGGACAUUGAAAUAAUUCAAAGGUCUUCCCCUCCCCCAUUGAAGGUCCAUCGUGGCCAGAAUCCCCAAAGGGCUCGUGAAAGAUGUUCCAGGUAUUUUUAGGUUCGAAUAGCUUUAUUGGAGGACCAUUGUGAAAUUUUGUCUGAUAGUAAAAUAAGGUAGUGCCAAAUAGUUUUCUUUUUUACACAGUUUUGUUAACAUAUAUUUUUGAUUGUUAAAUGUAAUUAUGAUCACAUGUAGUUUUUGUUGAGGACUAGAAAAAAAAAUGUUUUAAUUGUUACGAGCAGUGAAUAUUUCUCUUGGCCUGAAAUAUUCAUUGUCACGUUUAAUGUUCGUCUCGGCCUGAAAUAUCUGGAAUGGUUGGAGUCCCCUGUUAUUUUCCAGCAAAAAUGCAGCUACUUGAAAGUCUGAGUUGUGCAUGAUAUAAAUGUUACCAUUAGAGUUUCCAGGGCAUGAUUGUACCAUGUCACAGUUGUCGCCCGUGAUUUUUUAGUGAAAUUUAAUCAUUGUGCGGGCCGGGACUAAAAACGUAAAGUUGGUGCCUUGACCGCUUAUCCAGGUUUCUUAAAGAGUGAUUAUCGGUCUUUUUUUUAUCACUACUGUUAUAAGUUUAACUAACUGUCCUUUUGGAUGGAUAUCAAAUUAAAUACUGUAUUUGCCUUAGUGUGAUUAUUGAUGGGGUAAUGAAGGUCCUGUAAUAUUAUUUUUUAUUAAAGAGAUUUAGACGUUUAUUUGUUGUUAUGUUUAUACAUAUGUUUUUCUUAUUGUAAAAUUUUUUCAUCAUACAUUUAUGGUUCACUGAAUCUUAGGCCAUAUCACUGUACUGACAAUUUGUACUUUUUUUGAUGAGCAAGUUGUAAUAAAAACACUAGCAAAGUGUUUAAGAGGUUAUACAUGAAAA